AUCAGACACACGACUGUCGAGUCUUCGCCAUGUUAUUACAAAGACAUACCGUCUUGGUUUUGUAUUUAUGUCUCCAAAUUGUUUCAUCUUUUAACGCAGGCGAAGAAACAGCAAUAAACAAAACCGAAAAGAAUUUAACUCAACACGCCAGACGUUUGAAGAAAACAAAGUUAAGAUCACUAAAAUUAAUGCAAAAUCCAACAGCAAAUCUAAUAGCACUCGACGACAAAGGAAGGUUCUUAAAGUCUUACGACAUCGUCACUUGCGAUGGUUACAUUCUGAACAUAUUCAGGACUACUUACCAAAAUGAAGAGCCGACACGUAAAGAAUUUCCAGUUAUACUAGUUCCUGGCUUGUACCAAACUUCCGACAUAUUUGUCAGACAAAACACUAAAAAUUCUCUGGCUUUUAUGCUCCAAGAUCUAGGAUACGAUGUAUGGCUUGCCAAUGUACGGGGCAAUAAAUACGGCAGACGCCAUUUGUACCUUGAAUCAGAAACUGAUGAAAGGACUCAGUUUUUUGACUACACCUACGACGAAAUUGGUUUUUACGACGUUGCAGUAAUCGUAGAUUACAUUUUGAAUGACACUCGUAAAGAAAAAGUGCAUUACAUUGGACAUUCGUUAGGUGGCACCGCAUUUUUGAUUUUGAAUGCAAUUAAGCCGGAGUUUAAUAAUAAAUUUCAAUCAGCACACCUAUUGGCUCCUAUUGGGUAUCAGAACUACUUUCCUAACAAGAAUUUUAUGAAAGAAGUCGAUAACUUCACGGAAAUAUUUGAAGAUCUUAUAAAAAAUGGAAAAGCAGAAAUAUUCCCUCCAGUGAAGGAUGAAAACAAGUCCUACUCAGUAGGCGAUUGUCUAGGCGAAGAAAAAUAUAAAAAUAUAUGUGAAGAAUUGCAAAUUGAUAAAUUGAUGGGCCUAGAAAAAGAAAAUAAUUCAAAGGACAAGACGAGGGGCGGUUCUAUCAAGCUACUAGCUCAUUUAGCUCAAACUAUCAAAUACAAAACGUUCAACCGAUGGGAUUACGGUGAAGAGGGAAAUAUGAAGCACUACAAAGUCAAAGAACCCCCUGUUUACAAUAUAAGUCAAAUAACUGCUCCAACUAAAAUAAUAUAUGCUUCGAACGAUGAGUUUGUGAGCCCUAAAGAUAUCGAGGAUAUGGCUAAGAGUAUUGCUAAGGCUUCAAUAAGAGAAGUGACGAGGAAAGAUUUUAAACAUCAAGACUUUCUUCUUGCGCCGGACGUUUUGGAAAUCGUUUAUAAGGACUUAGAAGAAGAUCUAAAGCACAUAGACCGUAUACAUUCGGAGGCUGAACAAGAAAAAAAGAGCAUCCUGAUGACGAUGAUGAUUACGAAGACGAUCCAACGACAAUCAAUCCAAAUAAUAAUGGGGCAAUAGUGAAAGAAC